AUGAGUCCUACUUUCUUUUUGGCCAUCCUGUGUUUGGGAGUGGUCUCAUGUGCCCUAGCGUUUGAUCCCAGUUUGGAUGCUGAAUGGCAUGAUUGGAAGAUGCAAUAUGAAAAAUCAUAUACCAUGGAGGAAGAAGGAUGGAGGAGAGCAAUAUGGGAAGAAAACAUGAAAAUGAUCAAGCUGCACAACAUGGAGAAUAGCCUGGGGAAGAAUCACUUCACCAUGAAAAUGAAUGAAUUUGGUGACAGGACUGCUGAAGAAUUCAGAAAAAUGAUGAACAAUAUUCCAAUCCGGAGUCACAGGAAGGGAAAAAUCAUCAGAAAGCGUGCAAUUGGUGAUGUUCUACCUAAAUUUGUGGAUUGGAGAAAGAAAGGCUAUGUGACUCGAGUACGGAGACAGAAAUUCUGUAACUCUUGUUGGGCUUUUGCUGUGACUGGUGCCAUAGAAGGUCAGAUGUUCAACAAAACUGGAAAACUCAUCCCUCUCAGUGUACAGAACCUAGUGGACUGUACUAAAACUCAUGGAAAUGAAGGUUGCCAGUGGGAUGAUCCAUACAUUGCAUAUGAAUAUGUUUUGGACAAUGGACGUCUGGAGGCUGAGGCAACCUAUCCAUAUGAAGGAAAAGAAGGACCAUGCAGGUACAAUCCAAAUAAUUCCAAGGCUGAAAUCACAGGAUUUGUGUCCCUCCCAGAAAGUGAGGAUAUUCUAAUGGAAGCUGUAGCAACUAUUGGACCCAUCUCUGCUGCAGUUAAUGCUUCCUUUAACAGAUUCGGUUUCUACGAUGGAGGUAUUUAUCAUCAGCCAAAUUGCAGCAAUGAUACUGUGAAUCAUGCAGUUCUGGUGGUUGGCUAUGGAUUUGAGGGAAAUGAAACAGAUGGCAAUAACUACUGGUUAAUCAAGAACAGCUGGGGUAGAAAAUGGGGCAUUCGAGGCUACAUGAAGAUUGCCAAAGACCAGAACAACCAUUGUGCAAUUGCUUCAUAUGCCCAUUAUCCCAUUGUAGACCAGUCUGAUGUGCACAGGGAAGAAUUUUCAGGUAACAGCAUUUCCACAGUAAUGUCACCCACUUCAGUGGCCAGCCUUCCUUUGUUGUGUUAG